UUUUAACAGAAAAAUAAAUACCAUUAUAUUUUCGUAUCCUAGAUAUGGCCACCUCAUUCUUUCCUGCUGUCGCGGAAGACUUUUUUGAAUCGUCUAUAUUUUUUUGAGUAUGUUGCCAGAGAUCAAAGCAGCACAUAAACGUGAAACGUAUAUCACGGCAGUACCGUCCACGGAUUGAGCCGCAAGCUUCUACCGUAAGAAAAAAUUGACAUACUUAUUAGACACAAAUCUAAUGAAAUAAGGAACAAGAACGCGUUAAACAUGCCGACGUGUGGCAAUGGCAAUGAAAAAGUAAGAAUAUGAGAUCGAGCUUCUUCGUCUUGCCUCUCUCUAUACCACCAUUGAACUACAUGGUCGCAGUACCGUUAAAGCACACAUGUUCGCGACGGUCAGCAGUCAGAGUACGACCAAGUAGGAUCGCGUAUCGGCCGCGAGUGUAUGCGUGGAGUGUGUAAGUACCAUUUUCGAAGUAACAUCUUAAGGUCAGGAUCAUGAGCAAAAAGGAAGAUCUCGAACAGGAUGAAAACAAGUACGACAAUAGCAUUAAGGAAAAUAACCCCAAAGAGCGACCACCAACAGAUUCAACGUCAGUACCUGCAGUAUCUUUAGCUCCACCAAAGCCAAUGUUUGGCUUUGUAUUGAACAUAAACAGUGUUUUCGGCCUAUCUGCCAUCCUAGGAGCGAUAUCAGUGUGUACUAUGUUCUUUAUAGCUGCAGAGGAAUGCAGACAAUGUUUUAUACAUAUUGAUGACAGCCCAACACCAGCUUCUAAGGAAUGCCAUAAGGUUAUGUGGGUAUAUACGAAAAAUCCAGGACAAGAGCAUCUCAAGGAGGUUUUUACCGUUCUAGGGAGAUUCGGGUACAAGCAGGACCCGAAUGAAACAGACUGGGACCUUUUGUGGGCUCAUGAUUAUCCGUUUAAUCAACUGUAUAAUCAACUCAGUAAUUUAAUGCCACAUCAACGUGUCAAUCAUUUCCCAGGCAGUGGAUAUAUUACAAAUAAGGUUACAAUGGCGACAAGCAAUCUAAAAUAUAUCCCAAUAGCUUUCAAGUUACCGGACGAUUCCAAAGAACUACUAGAAUAUACUAAAAAAUAUCCGAACAACAGCUUUGUUCAGAAAGACAAUUUCCACCGACAAGUAAGAAUAGUGAAAGUGGAAGACAUAGAUCUCAAGUCAAAAGGAAGUUUUGUGCAACUUUAUGUAGAUAAUCCAUUGUUGAUCAGUGGCCGUAGAUUUGAUAUAGGCAUUUACACCGUGAUUACUUCUGUUGAGCCUUUGAGGAUGUAUAUUUACAAUGGCGAAGCCCUGUUAAGGUUUUGUCCAGAAAAAUAUCACCCAUUUGACCCAAAGAAUUUAGAUAAAUAUGUAGUUGGUGAUGAUUAUAAACCUAUUUGGGAGAUUCCAGACCUAGAUUAUCUUUACAACACAUUAGGUUUCAAUAUGAAAGAAAGUUUGAAUGCAUAUUUGGAAAGCAUUGGCGAGAAUCCAACAUUUGUCUGGACCCAAAUUGAGGAUGCUAUUAGGACUGUUGUGCUGGAUAAAGAGAAAUACAUAGUGGAUGUCCUAAAAAAGUAUAAAUCGAAACGUAACUUUUUUGAAUUGAUGCGCUUUGACUUCGUUGUAGAUGAAGAACUGAACAUAUAUCUUUUAGAAGCAAACAUGAGUCCAAAUCUGUCAUCAGCACAUUAUCCCCAAAAUAGUCUCAUGUAUCAACAGGUGCUGUACAAUGUUUUAAGACUGGUCGGUGUAGCAGAGCCAAUAGUUAAGAAUACUCUAGCUUAUAGGUCCAAAUCUGAAGAAAAAAUGAUUGUAUCAGACAAAGACUUAGCAGUAUAUUCUGAAACAUGCAAUAGCCAAUUAUGUCGGAGAAGUUGCACUUCUCCCUUAUGCAGCUUGUGCAAAACAUGUCUUGCUGCUGAUACAAGGCAGUACCUAAUGCAAGCGUACAAAGAACACAUGCACAAAGGUGAUUGUAAGAGGAUAUUUCCUCCAUCUAUGACUGAGGACGAGGCCAAGGAAGGCAUACUUACCGAUGACUUAACUCCAGAAAAUCGACUGAUGUACAAAUGGUUUCAGGGAAAAUGUUUAAUGGAUCGAUCCUGGUGCUAAGUGAUAACGAUUGAAUUUGUAAAGUUCUUAUAAAUAAAUUAUAAAAUUGUUAACAGAAAUUGGUGUUUGAAAUGAUCUGUGAUAUUGUCAAACCUUUUACAUGACAGCCACAAAAGGCAAUUACGUGUCCAUAUAUUAACAGUUUGAGUUGGAGUGGUAGUAAAAAACCUUUCAUUUUUCCAAAAAUGUCUAAUUUUGCAAAAACUUUGAUCAAUAUAAAC